AUGAAACAUCGCCAGAAGUUUAGAACAUUUAAUUUUACAAAAGAUUGUCAAAGAUUGUUGCUUCAUCUUUGGAUGCUUUUAGAAAAAUUGAAAAAGUUUCACAAGCAUACACAGAAUAAAUUUAAGUCAUGUUGGCCAAAAGAUCCCUUAUGUUCUACACAAAAUGUGAGUUAUGAUGUUUAUGGUGUUUUGGGAAUUGUUGUGAAACUAAUUAAAUCUUUUGAAAUCAAGGUGGAAAUUUGGGUUGUCGUUGGAGAAGAGAAACGACACGGAAUUGAUUCUCCAAUUGCUUAUUCCUUACUCGCUUUGCUUUCAGAAUACCUUCUAGAUAUUUAUGAAUUAUUGAUUUAUCAAAGUGCUUUCUUCUUGGAUGGUCGGUCGCUUUUGCUUGAAAAUUUACAGGAAGUUUCACCUGUGAUGCCUCUUCAAUUUACUUGA